AUGGAAUUAGCAAAGAAACCAUUACUACUUCUAUCUAUAAUUCUCGUUUCGAUCUCAUUAUCAGUUCCAGCAAAGGACUCGUUGCCUACUCCAUCACUUCCGGAACCUGUUUACAAUCUACUUUUUUUCGGGAGUCUCGCUGUAUUCAUCAUUAACUCGUACGAUCGUCCUUCAUCACUUUUUCAAUGGAUCACACUACUGACUUCCAUGAUCUCGUUUAUCACCGUUCCGCUAGUGUAUGCACGACAGUAUUCAUGCACUACUAAAUCACUGACUACAACAAUGGCCGGUUCAUUUGGUGUCAAGAUGCUGAUAUGGCUAAAAGGCUGUCUUGAAUCACCUAAAACCGUAACUACAUUCUGGUGGAGUUUGAUGAACUGGCGAACAAUCAAACCCUCAGACAAGGAUCAACAGCGCAAACUCCCAAAAUCGGUAUCUUUAGAAGAACGAUUUAUUUCAUUUAUUACCGUGUGGGCGAUCUACGUUCUCUGCGUUGAAAUUCUUGAACUCUUCCCACCUGAAGUACCAAGCAAGCCCUAUCCACUCCGAGUAAUCGAUUUCAUUCGCACGGGAAAACCGUUCAUAUCUCUGCACGCGUUAUUGUAUUGCUACUUUUACGGAGGGACACUUGCAAUAUCCAUGUCAUUCCUCUACGAAUUGAUCUUAUUACACGCGGCAAUACUCUUCCGCGUUCUCUCCAUGAAACCAAACACUCCAUUACACGCACUUCUCACGCCCUCUCAACAAGAAUCCCUAAAGGAAUGGUUAAGUUCCCUCUUAUUCCAUGCAAAGCCACUCUUCAAUCAUCCAAUUCUAUCUUCUAGUCCAAUCGACUUCUGGAAAAACAGAUGGCACUCUGCAUGUACGGAAAGCUUUAGCAACCUAGGUGGCAUAUUCGCCAGAAGAUUCAGGAAAGGAACACGCAUAAGAAAAAUGAUGGAAGUUGUGGGGACGUUUUUUGUAAGCGCGGUGGUACAUGAGUACUAUUCAAAUGCGGUGCAUGGAAAGAGCAAAGGAGAACAUUUCUCUUUCAUUUUGUUUCAUGCAUUAAUACUUAUUGUCUGGGAGAACGUUUGGGGAAUGUGGAGGCAUUUGGGAGUUGGUGAAAGAAAAGGACACAAUAUAGAGGAUGAGAAAAAGGGGAGGGAAGAUAAAGGUGCUGAGAAGAAGAUGUUAAAACAGGUAGCGAAGAUAUUGGUAUGGAAUCUGAUAUCACUGUUCACUGCUCCAUGGUUCUUUGAACGUUAUAUCAGAGAUGAAUAUUAUCAUUGCAUGGUUCAUUUGGUGUGUGUGAAGGACACGGUAGUUUCGGCAUCUGCAUAUUGA